CAUAUAAAAAGUUCAAGAUUGGAGAUAGAAUUGAAAUAUCCCCAGAUUCAAUGAAAAUUUCUAAACAAAUCGCAAAGCAUAUCAAAGACAAUGGUGGUGCAUCACUUAUCAUUGAUUAUGGACAAGAUUUCAUUCAAGGAAAUACUUUGAGGGCAAUAAAACAACAUGAAUUUGUUCAUCCAUUGAGCGACCCAGGACAAACAGAUUUAAGUGCUGAUGUGAAUUUUUGUUAUCUAAAAGAAUCUGUGACAGAUUUAGUUGACACGUAUGGUCCCAUAACCCAAUCGAAAUUUCUUCAAUCACUUGGUAUAAAAGCUAGACUACUAAUGUUGUUAAAAAAUGCAUUGCCUGCACAACGUAAAGAUUUAAUAUCUUCAACCGAAAGACUUGUUCAUCCCUCGGCAAUGGGUGAACUUUAUAAAGUAUUGGCUUUUGUGCCAAAAGGAUCUUUAGAGGCACCCAUGGCUUUUGAAAAAUCGAAAAAUAAAUUUUAA